GGAAUGUUCCAGUUUAGUUGCACUUGUUCUUAGGCUUUGAAUGAGUUUGUUUUGCUACGAUAUGUUCAGAGGUGGUUGUUGGGAGUAGCCUAGUUGAACAACUGAAGUUAAUUGUUAGGAUCACCAUGGCUGCAGUAAAUGAGGAACCUCGGGUCAUGAAAGAGGAGUUGAGGAACUAUCUUAGGGCCAAAGUAGAGGAGAUUGCAGAUAAAACAAGAAAGGAACAGAACUCGACGGAGGAUGUAACUAUAAACAUUGCUGUGACAGGUGAGAGCGGAGUAGGAAAAUCUACUUUCGUCAAUGCCCUUCUGGGGAUCGCGGAUGAGGAACCGGGAUCCGCAGAAACUGGGGUGACUGAAAUCAUCAAGAGACCCAGGAGAUACCCCCACCCCUCCAUGUCUAACGUGUUCAUAUGGGACCUGCCAGGCACUGCGACCCCAAAAUUCAGAGUCAAAAACUAUUUGAGAGACGUUAACUUUGAUAUUUAUGACUUUUUUAUUUUCAUCGGAGCAGUGAGGUUCAAAGAGAAUGACCUCAAGCUGGCCAAAGAAAUCAAGAAGAGGAUGAAGAUGUUCUACUUUGUACGUUCGAAGAUCGAUCACGACAUCAGUGCAGAGUCCAGGAAAAAAAACUUCAACGAGGAGGAUGUCCUCAACAAGAUCCGAUUGUGCUGUCAGGACAACUUGAGCUGCAUAGGCAAUGUGGAUGUUUACCUAAUCUCUUCAUUUGAGCUUGAAAAGUAUGAUUUUCGGAAACUAAUUGAUUCACUGAUGGAGAACCUGUCAGAGCAUAAGAGGACAGCUCUUAUUCAAUCUAUGCCACUUUGCCCUAUUUUGUAACUGUAUUAAAUAACUCCAUUGUAACUUUUUGUUACACAACAUAAAACAGAGGCAAGUGACAGAAUAGUUAAUUAUGUAAAUUUGACGUAUAUUGAUAGUUAACUUGAUUUAUUGGACUAAAAUGUGUAUUUUCAUGUAUAAUUAAGUUCAUCUAGGACUAUAUGUGUACAAGAUGAAAAGGUUUUAUCAUUUGCAACUAAACUUCGAAAUGUGGUUUUAUCUGAACAUGCAAGUAUUUGUUGACAUUCUGUACAAAACGGUUUACAUAAACUACACAAUCAUCACAUAAUAUCUGUAAUGGUUACUGUUUCUGUUUCCUGAUAGUAUUGUUGGCACAAUACAAUAUUGUUGGCACUCGAAAAGUGACAAAGCCAGAUGUAGUAUGAAGCAUGCUAAAGAAUGUGCAACACUGUUAGAAUGUAGAGUUAGGGGCUCCCAAAUUUCUAACGAGCGUCGAGAGCCAGGUGGACGAUAAUGGGACCCCUUACGCUACAGUUUGAAGAGAAAAAGGAAGACUGCAAAAAUGACAGUUAUUUCAACACUACACCUGAAAGUCUCAGAUAUUUAAAUAUAAUCCAAUUGCAAACUGAAUUUGACCGAUUACACACAGCAUUGAAAAUUAAAUAAAAUACAAUCUUGCUUUCUUUGAGCAGCGCCACAGAUGGCUACACAGAUCAGCACCUAUAAAUAACCCAAACCCCUCAGAAAAGACAGCACCCUUCCAACAUGUAGCUACACACACAAAACACAUCGUAACACAUUAAGGUCACAGGCAGUUUUAUGAAGAUAAACAAUUAUUUUUACAUGCAAACACUGAUACAUUUUUGGGUAUUAAUUUUAAUCUGUGUACAGAAGUAGGCCUAUCAGAAAAACUGAGCAGAGAGAUGUCUAGAAACCGAAACUUAACUCCUAGACAAUUUGAAAACAAAUCGAAAUCCAAUUGAGUGUAAAAGUUUGACUGUAUACAAAUAAGAAAAAAUGCAGAACACAAAGAUAUAGCUUACCUCUUCAACAGACGUCAGAUAACCAAUAUAUGAAAGAGAUUGUUACUCUAUAUUUCAGACUUGUUUUACUUUAAAAUUAAAUGAUUUGUAAUGUAAAUAGUAUUUUAAUAAUUCAGUAAUAUUCAGUAAAAAAAAAAAAAUGUUUUGAAUCCAAGGUUUUAUAACAUAUUUUUUUUCUACUAUAACUGUGAUGUUAAAAAUGUCCGUACAAAGUAAAACAUAUUUUUCAUCUUCUUGAUCUCCUUGGCCAGCAUGAUGGCAUUUUCUUUGAACCUCACUGUUCCGAUGAUAACAAAGAAGUCUUAACAGUCAAAGUGGGCGUCUUUCAGGUACUUAUUGGCUUUAAAGUUUGGGGUCCCAAUCCCAGAUGAACACGUUACACAUGGUGGGCUGAGUGUAUUGGACUGUGUGACUGCACUGGUCGUUUCAUGGAUUGAGAAAAUUAUUUCAUAUACAGU